GGGGGCAACUGUGACCCCCUGGCCAGCGUCCGUCAUGGACCGCACUAUUUCACUGGAUGACAUUCCUCAUAAAGGUCACAGUGGUGUAAAUCAACUUGGUGGAGUAUUUGUGGGUGGUCGCCCUCUACCUGAUUCUACACGUCAAAAAAUCGUUGAGCUUGCGCAUUCUGGUGCUCGACCCUGCGAUAUCUCCCGCAUACUGCAGGUGAGCAACGGUUGUGUUAGCAAAAUCCUGGGACGAUAUUAUGAGACGGGCAGCAUUAGACCACGCGCUAUCGGAGGAUCGAAACCGCGUGUGGCCACAACGGAGGUGGUGAGCAAAAUAUCUCUGUACAAGCGUGAGUGCCCCAGUAUUUUUGCUUGGGAGAUCCGCGAUAGGCUGUUACAGGACGGCGUGUGCACCAAUGACAACAUUCCCAGUGUAUCAUCAAUAAAUCGUGUUUUAAGAAAUCUAGCAGCACAAAAAGAACAACAGGUUCAAAUGCAACCACAGUCUGAUUUGCCACCCGUUGAAGACGUUUGCGAUAAACUCAGACUUUUCAAUGGUCACCAAACUGUUUCACAACCAACCUGGAGCCGUCCAGCAUCAUGGUAUCCACCACCAAUCGCCACAUUCUCAUUAUCAUCUGCUUCUGGUGCCACUGUGCUUGCAGAUUCCAUCAUACCUAAGAAUAGAAAAGAGUUCGACGGAGUGCAUUCGGAUGAAACGGGAAGCGGAGAGGGGGACUCCAAUGCCGGUUCUACGGGAACAGAAGACGAUCAGGCGAGACUUCGCUUGAAGCGGAAGCUCCAACGCAAUCGUACAAGCUUCACUAAUGACCAGAUCGACAGUUUGGAGAGUGAAUUCGAACGGACACACUAUCCAGAUGUUUUUGCGCGUGAGCGACUCGCUGCCAAAAUAGGUUUACCCGAAGCACGAAUUCAGGUAUGGUUUUCUAAUCGACGCGCCAAAUGGCGGCGUGAGGAAAAAUUACGUAAUCAGCGGCGCACACCCCCCGCAGAUCUACCAGUCGAUCAUGGCACACUUGUAGAUCUAGCUCCAUCAGGGUCACCACGUACGCAUAGCUCUAAUCCUUUCGUACCGCCUCUCAAUUGCCCUAUGUAUUCUGACUCAUACAACAUGGCUCCCAUGGUAGGCUUUACGCAACCGAUGGCGUCAUCUCAGACAAUUGGUAUGGUAGCGGGCGGAGGACGUGAAUUAUCAUCUCCGUACCAAUGUCAAAUGGUCCGAGGUUCAAUGACUCCUUUACAUCAUGUUACUAGCACUUCCAGCGCCUAUGAUCUGCCCCUAACUUUCUCAGCUGCGCAGCGACACUGCAGUACAACUCAUUCUUGCUACAGUAGUUCUACUUACCCACCUCCUAGUGGCACCACAGGUAUGGCUCCUCAAUAUCCAGACCUAGUCUUUGCUGAUGGUCGUUCGUGGUGCUGUGCAGAAGAAUCUACUGAACGAGGGCGCACGUUGCUACACUGAAGCCGUCCAAG